GGAAAACACAGGUACUCAGAAAACAUUGUGUCUGUCCAUAGCAGUUGUGCAAAUCAUCGUCCAAAUUUCCCAGAGUCGAGGGACCAGCCUUGGUGUGCAUCCAGCAGCAUCCCCAGUGGAUUGCCUGGAAUAAUGAGUUUGGAAAUUGUAAUGAGAUGAGAAGAAAAACUUACGGAAUUCCUGGGAAUGGGAAGAAACAGUUUAGGUUUUGACUACAAGUGGAAGACAGCUCUUUGAAAUACAUGAUGGCCACUUGUCAGCUUUUAAGUAGGCCGAAGAAUAAGACCUCUAAGGAAUUUCUGUUGUUCCCCAGCAAAAUCACUACUAAGCAGCAGUCUGUGGUGCUGGUGAAAAGACUUCUGGCCGUCUCUGUCUCCUGCAUAACGUACCUGAGAGGGCUGUUCCCUGAGAGUUCUUAUGGAACACGCUAUUUAGAUGACCUCUGUCUAAAAAUUCUGCGAGAAGAUAAAAGCUGUCUGGGAUCGUUUCAGAUAGUCAAGUGGAUUCAAGGUUGUUUUGAUGCUUUGGAGAAGCAGUAUCUACAUGUUGCUGUCCUAGCAAUGUACACCAAUCCCGAGGAACCGGAGACAGUGACUGAACUGUAUCAAUUCAAGUUCAAGUACAAACAGGAGGUGCCCGAGAUGGACAUCAUCAGCAACAGGACGAACUUUGUGAAUGGAGUGCGCAGCGAGGACAUGAAGCAAGCCUGCAGCCUCCUGAUCCGUAAGCUGUACCUGCUAAUGCAGAACCUGGGCCCACUUCCCAGUGACAUUUCCCUGACCAUGAAGCUCCUCUAUUACAAUGAUGUGACUCCUGAUGAUUACCAGCCACCUGGCUUUAAGAAAGAUGACAGCCCUGGGGACCUGUUUUUUGAUGGUGAUCCUGUCAACUUGAAACUAGGGUCAGUCUCCACUGGGUUCCACACCUUGAAGGUGAAAGUAACAACUGAAAACAAAAGAAUGGGGAGAGUUGAAAGCAACCUGAUCCAGAAGAAUAGCCCUACUGAGAUCUGCCAUCAAGGGCUAGACUGCGAUGAAGAGGAAGAGGAGGGAAGCACUAAGAACAACCCUCUCCCUGUCAGAGCAGAGUCAGAUGAGCAUGGAAAGGAUGGAAAGGACAGAAAUUAUACCCAACCAGGCCUGGGAACUGAAGCAUCUUCUUUUUGCCUUCAAGAUACAGGUGGAAAGGGAAAGAUGGAAAUAAAAGAGAUGGGCAGGCGGCCUUCCUCACAGGCAUCUCAGCAGCUCUUCAGGAAAACCAGGAAUGGGAGCAUUAGAGGCUUAUUUUUAUCUGUAUGACAUGGGAGAAGCAGAGGCUGCAGAUCUGCCAAAAGAGAAAGAACUAUUUCUGUCCUGUUAGAACUAUAACUGCUGUUUAAUAAUGGCCACGAAGAGUCUCUGACAGAGGGCUUUUCAGAUUGGAGAAAAAUUUACAUGUACUCAACUUGCUUGUUAUCUGCAAUCUAAUGAUUGAUGAUACUUAGGAUCAAAUGAGAGAUUGCCCUUUCCCAGCAAAGCAUCUCUGUACUUAAUCAUCCAGAGUUAGACACCAGCAUGUAAAUUACCCUACCUCUGCUGACUUGAGGAGAGUUUCUGAUUGCAUCAGCUGCGGAUUUGUCCCAGUGUGCUAUCUUUAUGUGUCUUCCUAGUUUCCACUGGCAUUCUAGCAGUUGUGAUCUGAAGAGCUGAGUAAAAUAGGGAAUUGCUGCCCACAUUUAUUCUGCAGAAAUCUGCUGAUGGAAAUGGGGUCCUGCACUGAAUGUGAGAUAACUUCUUGAAGACUUCAGCGUAGUCCUUUACCCUCUUGUGGGUUCUUUAAUGGUUUUGUCCCACAAGUUGAUUUUUGUCCUCUUUGUCUUCAUGUAAGCAAACAUGUUGCAGUGGAAUGAGUUUGGAAUGAAAUAGUUCUAGAAGAUGAAUAAAAGCUGACCAUGUGGAUGCUUCUGCAGGCGUUAUCUCCCAUCAGCAAGCUGUGGGCUGAAGUUCUGGGGUGGUCCUUAAAGCACAGUCUCAUUGCACAGUGCAGCAGUUGUGCAGAGCCCUGAGUCGUCCCAGACGGAGCCUGUGCCAGAGCUGGAAGUGGUGUGGCUGCAUCAGCACAGAACAGUUCUACCUCCUGGUUUUUUGGCUUCUCUAGUCAGUGCCAGACGGUGCUUAUGCUGCUGGGCUGGCUGCGUUUGUGCUACCAGGCUGCUGUGGGGCACCAGUAAGUGUGCUGAGGAUUGGCCUUGUGUAGGCACAGUGGUUUGGAUCACUGGUAGCCCGGGGGCUCCACACUGCCUGUCAGUGCCUGGCUGUGUGGCACAGCUCUCUUACCCGGAACUGUCUGAAAGUCGCAGAGAUUCACUUGCCUAAAUGAAAGAGUGCCAUUUUAGACUGCAGGUGGUGGUUUGUCUGGCCAGCUGCUACUCCCCAUGCUGAAGUCUUGGGUACCUGGUGACGUCCUUUUUCUCUAUGAGAGAGGCUGUGGCAGCAAUGGAAGCCAGCAUGAGCAGUCUUUCAUGCCUGACACCCUACGAGCAGUGUGUUUUGUUUGCCAGUGGUCGGCAUCCUCUUGGUGCCCAGAGCCGUGGUAAUCCUGCUGGAGAUCCCUGUGCCUUUGCUGAGCUUCAGAGUUGCAUGUGACUUCUGUCUGAAAGUGAAGGUCAGCACAAGGGAUCCAGUUGCAGAACAACAACUUGAAGAUCAAGACCUUUGUUGUCUGAUUUUUCUCAGGCAAGCCACUUUUACAAUUGCCAUGACAGAAAGCAGUUUAAGGGUGAAGUCUGCCAUUUGCCGAGCAAUAGGAAAGCAUUUUUCUGUGGCAAUGUCAUUAUCUUGAACUUUUGCAGCAAAGAAAAAAAAGAAAGGUUUAUCUCUAGCUGUCUAUCAAGCGAACUGUAUCUGAUGAGAAGUUCCCAGAACAUUUUCUCCUCCAAACCAGCUGAGGCUACACAGACCCAAACAAUGAAGAGAAGAUUCAGAGAUGAGCUAGCCUCUCUCCUUCCUGUUAGCUCAGGCCAUUCUGGGAGGAGUGAGACAAGGAGGUCAGGAAAUUCCUGGCUUCUCUGCAUUCACAUCCGACCUUUAGCUGGAUCUGAGGCCGUACGUCCCUUGCAUGAGUUGUUCCUGACUAGUGUGUAUGAAACAGCUUCUUAGUGAUCUCUUCAUUUGGAGGUGAUGCUCACUGCCCCGGCGGUGGGGAAAGGUUAAACUUGUGUGCCCUCAGAUUUCAGCUGUGCCAUGGACAUCCAGAGGAAGACACUGAGCCUCUGAGCCUUCACACGUGUUCAUAAUGUACAUGCUAACAACCAGACAGACUGCUGGAGAAAUUUGCACACAGUAAAGUCGGGUAGGUCUGACAUCCCACGAGGGGCUAAGCUGCUGAUGGCCUCAUAGGCACAGUGAGUGUCUUUGCUUUUCACCUCCUGGUUUACAGUGCUGUAAAUCUCACAAGGGAAAGUCUCCCAGUGCAGAAGCUUACAGGCCAAUUGAGGGUCCUGGCGGAGGCUACAGGGACAGACACUGGUACUUUUUUGACUUUUUAAUCAGGUGUUUUGAACAAUUUGUUUUCAUAGUCUGGAAAGAUCUGUUUGUGGUCCUUUAAACGCAACGAGAUACGUGAGACACAGCGUAGGCCUGUGAGACUUUGUCUGCAAAAAGGAAAUUGCGUUGGAUGGCAGAGAUUUUAACAGUGAACUAUGGAAAAGGAAGAGGACCAGUGGUAAUCAGUGAUGUCUUGGCAUGGUUUCCUGGGGACAGAAAUGUGGCAAGUUUCCAUAGAUGCAUCACAGUGAGCGUCUUUCAUUCUUCCACCUGCGUAAUUUGGCUUUCAUGCUUACCAGCGUGAUUCUCCUCCACUUUGUACAGAUGAAAAUCAGGAUUAGUUCUACUGAUGUCAGUGCAUUGGCUUUUCUGGAAACUGAUAGGAGCUCAGUCAGUGCUGAGCCCUGUGCUGAGCUUUAAUCUUUGUGCCGCCUUCGCAGAAUGGCAGAGGUCAGAAGACCUGGAGGCCACCUAGAGCAUCCUACGUGCCCAGGGCAGGGUAAGCACCUUGGCAACUCACAUUUUGAAUACCUCCAAGGAUGGAGGCUCCACCGGCCCUCUGGACAGCCUGCACCAGUAUUUGAUCAGGCUCAUAGCAAAGAAAAGCUCUUCCUUCUGUUUAAAUGGAAUUUGCUGCAUUUUGGUUUCUGUCUGUUUCCUUCCAUCUCUUUGCUGCACAGCACCACGUGCCUCGUGAGCCUCGAUUUUGCUGUGCUUGGAGCAGCCACCUGUCAGUGAGCUGCCUUCACUCGGAGAGAGGUGUCUGUCACCUGGCACGCCUCCUGUUUUGGGGGCUGCAUUUAAAGAGCUGCUGGCUUGGCUUUUGGAAGUGGCAAUGUUUGCUGUGCUACCAAGUUAUCUGCAGCUAAAAUCACAAGAUGCAUCAGGCGUUGGCCUGCUCUGAUAAGAGUUUCCUAAUGAUGAUCUGUGUACCCCGCUAGAUGUACUUGCUGCCCUGGCAGCAGAGGAUUGUUUUGCCUUGUUUCACCAGCUAAAUCUUGUAUCUCAGUCCUUAUUCUUCCGGCCUGCUUGAUGGAACUGGGUUUCUUUUGACAUUCAUGCGCUUCUGAAUUUGUUGGGUUACAACGUACCACAUUAAACACUCCGUGUCCUGACAAAGAGAACUCUUCUGAGGACAUAAGAUUUACAGAGUGCCAAACCUCAGCAUGGGGCAGGCCAGGCACAAAGCAGGGGCACAGCUGAAUGCUCCUACACUAUUCUAGCUUUUCUACAUAGGAUGCCUUCGGAAGCAGAAGUGCCAGAAGUGCUGUAAAUUUGCAUCCAUUUAUGUUGGGAAUUUUUGGCUGGGAUACGUGGGGACACUGGGGAUUGAAAAUUGCAGAGCACGAAACUGAUUUUGUCUAUCUAAGAAUAGGAGCGUAACCAUAGUCUGCUUGCCGCGCUGCAUCCACCAGUCUGCCUUGGGAAGGCUUUAAUCUGAAGUCUGAUCUAUUUUUAGCCUGAUAUCUUCUCCAGACAAUGUGCAGCUGUCCCGUUAGUUUUAUGCCAGAAAUUAGUAACACUUGCAUGAUUCACAAGUUAGCUGUAAUUGCACAGAAAAAAUCUGUGGCAAAAUACGACCGUUGUACACAUAGCGCAGUACUGUACAGCAUGGGAGGUUCACGAUCACUGUGUUGUCGUGCUAUGAGCUUGACAGAGCCAUGGCCUGGACUGACAGCCAGGAGCUCACGGCUCUGUUCCUGUCUUGUUCCCCCAUCAGCGUUGUCCCUCGGGGGGCCUUGUGGCACCUGGCUCCAUACCUGAGGGGAGCUGAGGCCCUGCAGUGGUUGUGUAAGACAAAAGCCAACGUUGAUACAGCCUGAGCUCGCCUAUGGGUUGUUCAAAGUCCCAGAGUAUGGGAAAAAAUAGAAUUAAUCAACCUUUGGAGGCUUUGAUUGUAUGUUUAGUCAAUGGGAGGGAUUUCCUGCUUUUUACCGUGCCGUUUAAGAGGUUUACUUUCUGGUUAAAGUCAAAUAAACACACGUAGGAUCUGACUUAAUCCCAUUUAGAGCGCAUUGCUGGGGAAGAAGCCCAAGUGUUUGGUUAAGGUAGGAACCUGGAAGUUGGGCUCGGGGUCUGAUCCUGCCUCUGAGCUCAUAUGUGAACUUGUAGCAGGGCAGGAGCAGGACAGGACAUGUUGGCUUUGGUGAAAUACCUCACACGUUUGACAUCUUGUUCAUUCAGCAGAUGAAUAGUGCGUGUCUGCAGAACAUGACGACUUGCAUAGAUGUUUUUGCUCCUAAUCUCCAGGUUCCUGUAGGGCAUGCACACAGAGGGAGUCGUGGCUGCUCCCUGUGGCUGCUUCUCCUGCCUCAAAAGCAUCCCAUCCAUGCAGAGAAUUAAGAAAGGGGUAAGCCUCCAAGUUGCUGCCUGUGCUGCAGAGUCCAUUCCUCGAUAGAGGGAAUAAAAGCACCGGCUGUGGAUGAUGUGCUCACUGUGUGGUUUGGGCUAAAACAGAAAGAGAGCUGAAUCUCUCAGGUGACCAGGGGCCUGGAGACUGGGGAUCAUUGCUAUACUUUGUUGUGCAGCCAGCAGGACGGGGUACAAGUCUUGCAGCUGUGUUAGCAGUGCAGAGUGUCUAGAUGCAGUGUUUCCACCCCCAGGGCCCUGCGCUUCCAAAACCGAAGCAGACAGGUUAAAGUGAUGCCAGGGAAAGGAAAGUAAAUAACUGCCUGAAAUGCCAGUUUGAGCAGCUGGAUAUCAGGUCAGGAGCUGUAACAUAGAGAUCCACUCAUCUCAGUUUCCUCAAGCAAAUACGCUGUGGACAGUGCUGAAGUUCUGUCAGACUGAAGGAAAACCUGCCUCUCCCACUUUGGCAGGUUCUGUUUUUUCUGUUUGCAUGGAAAGGAAGUUGUACUUUCUGCAUUAGCCAAUAUCGUGUUGCUCAUAACGAAGAGGAGGGAAGAGGGGAAGAAAAACAAUUUGAAACACGAUAGAGAGGCAAACUGAGGUGGUUUUGCUGCUAAUCCGCAGUCAGUUAUUUCACACAUUAGGAAGACCAUUGCUACGUAGAGAUUACCAAAGCCUCAUACCAAGGUCAGAUAGAAAGAGAGCCUUGAUGACGUGGGUGGGGAAUUCUGUAAUGACCACAUUUUGUAAUCUGGAGACCUUGUGCUUCUCUCCAGGAUGUGUUCUGGAAUAGCUCUCUAUUAACUCCUUGUGCUUAUCCUGCUUCGUAGAGCUCCUCCUGAUUUUUUAGUGAAACCAGAAUAAGCUGCUCUUGUUUUGAAUUAGCAACUUGUUUAGCACUAUUUUCCCUCUUCAUUCACCUUACUUUCAUCCAAACGAAUUUUCUUUUGGAGGCAAAGCUGAAGACUGUGCUGUGGUGUGUCCCUUCGGUUUGAUUCCAGCGGGAGCAAGAUAGGUCACCCUGCCAGACUCUGUGCUUUGUCCCUUCUGGGUGGGCAGCAGCACAUGCUGCUCUCUGCAGCUCCAUGUUAUUAUUCUUAUAGAGAAGCAAAUAUGUCUUGUGAUAACAAGAAUAAGUGAGUUUGUGAUUUACAUGACACAGCCAACACUUCAGCUGUCGUUCUGGACGUUCAUCUGUCUGUGAUCUGUCUGAAUUGCCCACUUGUAUUCCAGCAUAUAUUUUUUAGUGCUCUUUAACCUUUUGCUUUCUAGGCCUCUGGAUAUUUUUGAGGGGGGCUUGUGUCUUCCUAGGGGGAAGUUAUGCCCCCUGAAACAGAGCUUGCUUUGCUUAGUUGUUUUUCACAAACUCACACAUAGUCUUUGGACUCAGAUGCCCAUCAGCUCACACUGAAAUUCCAUGGUGUACAUCAUUCCAUGGUGUCUCAUCCUGAAAGGCUGUUUCCAGUGACUGCCAAUGUGACCCAUGUAAUUUUCUUCAGUGGGAUUAUGAGCAGGAGGUGAAUCAACUUUUUACAAGGGUAGACAGUAAUAGAGCAAGGGGGAAAGGUUUUAAGCUCAAGGAAGGAAGGUGUAGAUGUUUGGAAGGAAGGUUUGCAUGUCAGGGGGAAGUUCUUCACAGGUAGAGUGGUGAGGUGCUGGCACAGGCUGCCCAGGGAGGCUGUGGAUCCCUGGAGGUGUUCAAGAUCAGGUUGGAUGUUGCCCUGAACAGCCUGGUCCAGUGCCAGAGCUGGAGGUUGGUGGCCCUGCCUGUGACAGGGGGUGGAACUCGGUGAUCCUUGGGGUCCCUUCCAGCACAAGCCAUUCUAUCAUUCUCUGAGUCUAUUACUGUCCCACGUUGGUGAAGAAGGCUUCUGCCCCACGAGCGACUGUAUUUCUCAAAGGCCUCCUUGCUCCUUUCAUUGUCUCUAGGCUGUGGGACUGAACCUGUUGCUUUCACAAACCUUAGCAUCUCAGCUCCAGUGAGUGUUCCAGUUUUGGUUCCUUGCCUAAUGGCUUUUACUGGAGAACAAGAUCACACUGAAUAAACCCAAGAGGAUCCAGGAAAACACACUGUAGAUUUGGAAGUUGUCUUUCUUGACUUGUCUAACAGGAGCCUGUACCGUGAGAAUGAUCACUGCUUCUGAUGGUUC